AUGGGUAUAAGAAACAAUCCAUACUUAUUGUUUUAUGUAUUCUUCCAAUGUUGCUUCUCUUUCAUCACCAACCAACUCUCCCUUGGAGCUGUUGACACCAUUUCAACCACUCAAUCUCUCUCCGGGGACCAAACCAUUGUUUCAGCAGGUGGAACCUUCGAAACGGGUUUUUACAAACCAGAUAUUUCGGGGCAAGUCAAGCAACUUGCUUGGUUGGAUGCCAACAAGAAGUGGAAUUCAUAUUGGGCUCAGCCAAGGCCACAAUGCAAGGUUUAUGCUUUCUGUUGGGCAUUUGGCACCUGCAAUGAGAAUACAUUACCCUUCUGUAAUUGUCCGAAUGGUUUCAAUCCUUUGUCGAGCAAUGAAUGGAAUUCGAUGAGUUAUUCUGGUGGGUGUGUGAAGAGAACAAAGUUAGUGUGUGGAAAUAAUCAUGAGAAAGACAUGUUUUGGGAGUAUCCCAACACGAGAUUGCCUAAACAUCCUCAGUCUGUUUUUGCAAAGACUGUUGCGGAAUGUGAAGCUACUUGUUUGAAUAACUGCUCUAGCACUGCUUAUCCAUAUGACAGUAAUGGGUGUUCAAUUUGGAUUGAAAACCUCUUGAAUAUGCAAAAACUCCUUGAAAAUGAUGAUCGUGGAAGAACUCUUUAUAUCAGAGUCGUUGUGUCUAAGUAUUCAAAUGGAAAAAACAUCAAGUGGAUUAUUGGUGUCAUUUUGGGUUCAGUUUCAAUCGUAGUAGUCUUCUCAUUCCUCAUUUUUCUUGUUAGAAAAAGGAAGCAAGUAGAAACCCUGUUAGUUUAUUGUUCAUUGGUUGCAUUUAGAUACAAAGAUGUACAAAAAGCAACCAAAAAUUUCAAAGAGAAGAUGGGGGGAUGA